UGAAUGAAUACUAUACAAGUCUCCUUUAUUCUCGCUGUUGUAUUCAACUAACAGCUCACUGGUUAAGUUUUAAUUGCUUCCAAUGAGGUCAGCAAAGGUAUUUAUCGAAAAGCCCUGAAUAAAAGGCUCCACACACAUACACACAAGCAUACACGCACUCACACACACAGAGAAAAAUCCUCUUGCCUGUUGAUUUAUGGAAACAAUUAUGAUUCUGCUGGAGAAUUUCUCAGCUGAGAAGUAGUUUGUAGCUACAGUAGAGAGGCUCAAGUUGCACAAGGCAGACAACAGACAUGGAAUUCUUGUGUAUCCAGCUGUUAUCAACAGAACAAAAGUCAAGUAGCAAACAGCGUCACAGCAACUGAGCUUACUACAACCUGCUUUUAUAAGGAUAUACCAGCAGAGGAAAGGAGGAAUCCUGUAUUGUUGUUAUCAGGAACUAAAAGGAUAAGGCUAACAAUUUGGAAAGAGCAGCUACUCUUUCUUAAAUCAAUCUACAGUUCACAGAUAGGAAGAGGUCAAUGACCUAGGAGCAACAAUCAACUCAAGAUUUAAUUUUCAUUAUGUUAUUCAUGAACACUCGGAGCACUACACUAUAAUGCGCAAAUGGAUACUGACAUGGAUCCUGCCAACUUUGCUCUACAGUUCAUGCUUUCACAUUAUCUGUCUAGUGGGCACUAUAUCUUUAGCUUGCAAUGACAUGACUUCAGAGCAAAUGGCUACAAAUGUGAACUGUUCCAGCCCUGAGCGACACACAAGAAGUUAUGAUUACAUGGAAGGAGGGGAUAUAAGAGUGAGAAGACUCUUCUGUCGAACACAGUGGUAUCUGAGAAUUGAUAAACGAGGCAAAGUCAAAGGGACCCAAGAAAUGAAGAACAAUUACAACAUCAUGGAAAUCAGGACAGUGGAGGUUGGAAUUGUGGCGAUCAAAGGGGUGGAAAGUGAAUAUUUUCUUGCAAUGAACAAGGAAGGGAAACUCUAUGCAAAGAAAGAAUGCAAUGAAGAUUGCAACUUCAAAGAAUUAAUUCUGGAAAACCAUUACAACACAUAUGCAUCAGCUAAAUGGACACACAGUGGAGGAGAAAUGUUUGUUGCCUUAAAUCAAAAGGGGGUUCCUGUAAGAGGGAAAAAAACGAAGAAAGAACAAAAAACAGCUCACUUUCUUCCUAUGGCAAUAACCUAAUCAUAUAUGGUAUAUAAGAAACCAGUUCCAGCAGGGAGAUUUCUUUAAGUGGACUGUUUUCUUUUCUUUCCUUUUUUCUUUUCUCUUUUCUUUUUUUUAAGUAACCAAGAAAGGCUGGAAAACUACUGAAAAACUGAUCAAGCUGGACUUGCGCAUUUAUGUUUAUUUUAAGAGACUGCAUUAAAGAAAGAUUUGAAAAAUAAACACAAAAAUCAGAUUUAGUAACUAAAAGUUGUAAAAAGUUGUAAAACUG